AUGCCUUUAAAGACCAGGACGAUCGCCGCCAUGGUUGGUGUGGCUCUUGCUGCACAGGCCAUGUUCGUACUCUGGAUCCGGCGCACGAAAACGCAGAGCCAAGUUCAAGAUGAGUUCGGCACUCUCCCCGGCGAGGAAAACGAAGAAAACAAAGAAAACGUUUCGAGGCAACCAAUGAUUUAUAUCCGUCGUUAUUUUAUAUCGUACGAUGUUUAUUACCGAGAGAAACGACCUGAUGAGCAUGGAGGAGCUCUUUGA